GCCAAUAAGUGAAAAUACCCUCCCUCUCUCUCUCUCUCUCUCUCUCUCUCUCUCCAAAAAAAUCUUUGUUUAGUUACUAUCAUUACUUUUCUGGUGUAAGUUUCUCUCUUUCAGAGACCAUAUAUGAUCAUCAUUAUCUGCAUUACUCUGGACGCCAUUUAAAGUUCAAGAUCAGGGAUCUCACCUUAUAAUAAUAUAUUGUUUCUGUUUUUCAAAUGUAAUUGAAGUAUUUUCUUUCCACAAAAAGUCCAAAAAUAUGUUUCAACGGAUUUUUAAUUCUGCCUUGCUAUCUCGUCUGAAAAGAAUCCGAUUUUGACCUUGUAACUGUGUUUUUCUCCAAAUUUUCCUUGAAGGGCCUUUUUCUUUUUCUGCGGUUGCUUUGUGCUGGUAAUGAUGACUGUUUCCUUUGUCAAAUCAUCUAGUUGAUAGUAUUAAUUCCCACUACAUAUCUUGGCAUCAACCUUGCUUAAUUAGUACUCUUUAUUUUCGCAUACUGUGCUUCUGUUAUCCUUCAUUUCCUUUGCCAGAGUCCUAAUUGGUUUUGUAGCACGUAGUUCAACUGCUUCACUAAAAGGGUCCCCUUCUGUAUCUCUUUGUAUAAGCUUUAAUGGAGUUCUUUAGUUCUCCACGUGGCUCUCUUGGAUUUCUUGAGUUUUAACUCUCAUUCAUUUUCGUUGUUAUUCGGUACAUUUUCCCGGUCCAGUUACUUAGCAUAGAACUCAGGAAGAUCUUUCAUAUUGCUCUGAGUAAUUUCAUCUUUUCCUUCUACCUAGUUAUGCUCUGCUCAAUUGAUUCUGUUGGCAACCUCUAAACUUGCAUUAUGCUUAGUGAAUACCGUACCGUCCUGUUGAAUUGAUUCGCACUGCUUCUCAAAAGGGUUUUGAUUAAACUCACAUAUAAGUUGUUGACCUUUAUUAUCACAUUCCACCACUCUCUAUUUUCUCAAUGCCUCCAACAUACUUUCCUCUUCGUUGGGAGAGCACCGGUGACCAAUGGUGGUAUGCUUCUCCCAUUGAUUGGGCAGCUGCUAAUGGCCACUAUGACUUGGUCAGGGAGCUGCUUCGCAUCGAUAGCAAUCACCUUAUCAAACUUGCCUCUUUACGACGUAUUCGGAGGCUUGAAACUGUCUGGGAUGAUGAACAACAGUUUGAUGAUGUUGCCAAGUGUCGUUCUCAGGUUGCAAGAAAACUUUUUGUAGAGUGUGAAUCCAAGAGAGGGAAAAAUUCACUCAUCCGAGCUGGCUAUGGUGGAUGGUUGAUGUACACUGCUGCCUCGGCAGGAGAUUUGGAUUUUGUUCAAGACCUUCUUGAAAGGAAUCCUCUACUUGUUUUUGGUGAAGGAGAAUAUGGUGUUACUGAUAUAUUAUAUGCAGCAGCCAGGAGUAAGAUUUCUGAGGUUUUCAGGCUUAUUUUGAAUUUUGCAGUCUCCCCCAGGUUCUUGACUGGAAAAGGUGGAGAACUGAUAGAGCACAUUGGGGAGGUCCCUUCUGAUUACAAGUGGGAGAUGAUGAAUAGAGCUGUUCAUGCUGCUGCUAGAGGAGGAAAUCUGAAGAUUUUGAGGUACCUUCUUGCUGAUUGCUCUAGUAUUUUGGUUUACAGAGAUAUUCAGGGCUCAACUAUCCUACAUGCAGCGGCCGGCAAAGGGCAGAUUGAGGUAAUUAAGUAUCUGAUAUCAACCUUUGAUAUUUUCAACUCCACUGACAAUCAGGGCAAUACAGCAUUGCAUGUGGCUGCUUACAAGGGCCAAUUAGCCGCAGUUGAAGCUCUAAUUUCAGCAUCUCCUUCAUCCAUCUCUCUGAAAAACAGCUCUGGAGAAACUUUUCUCCACAAGGCUGUGUCCGGUUUCCAGACACCUGCUUUUCGAAGACUGGACCGACAAAUUGAGCUUAUGAAGAAUUUGGUAUGUGGGAAGCUUUUCACCAUAGAGGAUGUCAUCAAUGUCCAAAAUAAUGACAAAAGGACUGCUCUUCACAUGGCCAUCAUUGGGAACGUUCACUCCGACCUUGUGAAACUUCUGAUGACUGCUAAAUCAAUCAAUGUGAAUGCCUGUGAUGCAGAGGGGCUGACCCCACUUGAUUACCUCAGGCAACGGCCACGUUCUGCUUCAUCAGAUAUACUCAUUAGACAGCUAAUUUCAGCUGGGGCAACAUUUUGUAGUCAAGAUUAUACUGCAAGAAGAGCCAUUGCUUCCCGCAUAAAGAUGCAGGGUAUUGGUGGCAGUCCUGGAACUUCGUUCCGAAUCUCUGAUACAGAAAUAUUCUUGUAUACAGGCAUUGAGAAUGCAUUAGAUGAAACUGCUGAUGAGGAUAAUGCAGUAAUGAGUAUAUCACCAAUGGAACCAAGUCCAGAUCACUCAAUCAAUCAGAAAAAUAGCUCGCCAAUUAACAAGAGACCAAGUUCUGCGAAUACCGCAGCACAACGAUUGAAAUCUGUGUUUCUGUGGCCCCGGGUGAAAGAGAAUAAACCCGACAGAUUCAAGAAACCGGAUGAUGAGAGUUCAGUGGAACAACAGAAGAAAUGCAACAGUUCAGACGGUAGUCUAACUCCACUCCGUCUGAGAUUCUCGAAGCCUUCAUCACCUCCUAACAACAAACGGACACUUGCUGUGAGGAGUAAUCAAUCGAGUCCAACUGCCAAGAAAAGAAUUGCUUCAGGGCCAGUGCAAGGUGUCAUGCAGGCCAUUCCACGUAUUUCUGUGCCACGCCGGUCUCGUUCCAGUUCAUUUUCAAAAUCAUCACUUUCACCUAUUUCAUUAGAUAAACAGAAAGGUGUUUUUAUUGAGGAAGAUGUGGCAGGACCAUCAUGCUCAAAUGAACUAUAUAAUGAUGGAGCACCAGGUUUGAUUAAACCAGAUCCCAUUAAUAAGAGAUCUAGGAGCCAGUAUUUCUGUUUCUAUGCAUCAGGCCAAUCUGUGAAAGCCCCAGUAAGCAGGCAACGGCAAGGACAAAGUUACAAGUGUCCCAUUGUUUCGGUGGCUUGAUUAAUUAUGGAGGCAUCAAAGGCAGAAAGGAAUCAACUGGUUGAAACCACGCGCAAUAGAAAAUGUACUAACCAAGAACUAAGACUCAGAUCAGUCCUCUGGCUGGUUCCUAAAGUUUAGACCUUUAUAGCAUGUUUCCUAAAUUUGUUUCUUUGUAAACGUUUGCUUGUUGAAUAUUUGUAAGUUAUGUACUUGUUCUUCAAUACCGGCUGCUUCAUUAAGUUUAACUCAGUGUUGAGAGCUGAUUAUGUAGGAUAAGACAUAGAGAAUACUUCUGUAUUA